ACCCCAAUUUCUCAGAGUCUUUCUCUGAGUUUUGAAAGUUGGGCAGGAGAAGUAGCAGCAACAGGAACAAAUUGAAAGGUUCCAUCUCCUUCCUCCAACUAGUCUAAUUAAGUAGUAAGAGUAGGUAACUCACAUAACAACGCACUUUCGCUUUCACAUUUUCAGCAACAAAAAUGGACUCAGCACCUCAGCAGCAUCCGCCCAACAUCCUCCUGGGACCCACACCUACCUCCUCCACACACAAUCCUUUCUCCGCCACUCCCACCUCCGCCCCCGGUUCCUCCAUGAUCUACCGUUUCGCCUCUAAUUCCGUGGGUCCAGCCAACGCUACUGUUCCGGACCCUAAACCCUUUAAUGGUACAAUUGGUGCACCAAACGCGGGUGCGUUUGACGGGUCAUCUUCUUCUUUAAGGCCUUGCGGGUUCAACAUCGAUCAGGCAAAGAAGAAGCGCGGGCGGCCCAGGAAGUACGCUCCGGACAACAACAUUGCCCUCGGACUCACACCUACGCCUACCUCCACCGCUUUGGCUUCAUCUGUUUUGGUGGUCCACGGCGAUUCUGGGGGUAAUGACGGUGGUACGCCGACUUUGAAGCGUCAACGUGGAAGGCCCUCUGGGUCUGUAAAGAAGCAGCUGGACGCGUUGGGAGCCGGAGGAGUGGGUUUUACACCGCACGUUAUAAUGGUGAAAGCUGGUGAGGACAUAGCAUCUAAAAUUUUGUCGUUUUCACAGCAAGGGCCACGAACAGUUUGCAUUCUGUCCGCAAAUGGUGCCAUAUGUAAUGUUACUCUGCGCCAUCCAGCGAAUGCUGGGGGUACAGUGACAUUCGAGGGACGGUAUGAAAUCAUCUCUCUAUCUGGUUCCUUCUUACUUUCUGAAAGUAAUGGUAGUCACAGCAGAAAUGGUGGUCUGAGUGUGUCACUUGCGGGACCUGAUGGCCGUGUGUUGGGUGGUGGAGUUGCUGGUAUGCUACUGGCAGCAACACCAGUGCAGGUUAUUGUUGGCAGCUUUAUUGCAGAGGGCAAAAAAUCGAAAAACAUUGCAAAACCUGAGCCAUCUUCAGCUCCUACACCAUACAUGUUGAAUUUUGGUACAGCGGCAACAGCAGCAAGCCCCGAAUCUCAAGGGGCCUCAAGUGAGUCGUCCGACGAGAAUGGUGGUAGCACACUUAAUCGGGGCCCUGGACUGUACAGUAACCCUGGUCAGCCUAUGCAUAGUAAUAGCAUGCAGAUGUACCACCACCAACUAUGGGCUGGCCAAACGCAACAAUGAAGAUGAUUCCAGCUUGACGAUACAGCAUCAAUAUAUGACUUGUUGAUUGUUCUACCGUAGCCUGCAGAUGAAAAUUUUAAGAAUGCUAAGAGGCAUUGUUGAGUACGAUUGGUAGAGAGGGUUUUUUUUUGCCCCCUCUCUUUAUUUCUCUUUUCUUAUUAGAUCAGUUUCCUUCUUUUGUUUGUUCCCCCUCGUUGAGUAGUUCUUCAGUUUUUUUCAUCUGAUUGGGCGAUUGUCACUGUUAAUAGCAGCAGAGGAUGUGCUACCCUUUAGUCAUACUGCCUCUGAGUUGUUCGCUUAA